UCAAAAAGGGCUGUCAGCAUCAAACAUACGCACUUCUUAGUCAAACGUUGCUUCUCAUCAAAUUUGUGCAGUUGUCCUGUUGAGCGCUGCAUUUGGAUCUCCGACAUGGAGGAUAUGCUAUCAUUCUGGGAUGUAGUAAUAUAUUUCUCUGCAGAGGAGAGGGAAUACCUGGGUCCUGCUCAGUGGAAAUUGUACAGGGAUGUGAUGUUGGAGAAUUACAACAACCUUGUGUUUCUAGGUCUUGCUUCCUCUAAGCCAUACCUGGUCACAUUUUUGGAGCAAAGACAAGAGCCUUCAGAUGUGAGGAGUCAAGCAGCCACCACUAUGUUCUCAGGGGGAAACUGCUCUACAUGCAAAGAAUAUGGCAAAGUUUUUGAGUCCAAAAAAGUAUUUCAAAAUCAGCAGAUAAUUCAUUUAGGUUUGAAGCCAUAUAAGUGUGAAGAGGGUGGCAAGUCCUUCUAUUUUUCAUCAUUAAUUUCUGAACACAAAAGAAUUUAUACAGGACAAAAACCCUACAAGUAUGAAAUAUGUAGCAAGGCCUUCCAUAUUCCAUCAAAACUUUUUCAACACAAGAUAAUUCACACAGGAGAAAAACCCUGCAAAUGUGAAGUAUGUGACAAGGCCUUCAAAUAUCCAUCAAGACUUUCAAAACAUAAGAAAAUUCACACAGGAGAGAAACCCUACAAGUGUAAAGUAUGUGGAAAAGCCUUCUGCUCUCCAUCAUCAAUUUGUCAACAUGAGAGAAUUCAUACCGGAGAGUUACCCUGCAAGUGUGAUGUAUGUGGCAAGGCUUUCCAUUACCCAUCAUUACUUUCAAAACACAAGAUUAUUCAUACAGAACAAAAACCCUACAAGUGUGAAAUAUGUGGAAAUUUCCUCCGCUCUCGAUCAUCACUUCAUGAACACAAGAGAAUGCAUACAGGAGAGAAACCCUACAAGUGUGAAGUGUGUGGCAAGGCCUUCGAAUAUCCAUCAAGACUUUCCAAACAUAAGAAUAUUCAUACAGGAGAGACACCAUACAAGUGUAAAGUAUGUGGAAAGGCCUUCCGCUCUUCAUCAUCACUUCGUGUCCACAAGGGAACUCAUAGAGAAGACAGACCCUACAAGUGUGAAGUUUGUGGCAAGGCCUUCCAGUAUCCAUCAGUACUUUCUGACCAUAAGAAUAUUCAUACGGGAGAGACACCAUACAAGUGUAAAGUGUGUGGAAAGGCCUUCCGCUCUCCAUCAUCACUUCAUGUACACAAGGGAACUCAUAAAGAAGGCAAGCCCUACAAGUGUGAAGUAUGUGGCAAGGCCUUCCAUUAUCCAUCAAUGCUUUCCAACCAUAAGAAUAUUCAUACAGGAGAGACACCAUACAAGUGUAAAGUAUGUGGAAAGGCCUUCCGCUCUCCAUCAUCACUUAUUGUACAUAAGGGAACUCAUAGAGAAGACAAACCCUACAAGUGUGAAGUAUGUGGCAAGGCCUUCCAUUAUCCAUCAAUACUUUCCAACCAUAAGAAAAUUCAUAUAAAACAAAAACCCUACAAGUAUAAAGUAGGUGGAAAGGUCUUCCAGUCUCCAUCAUCACUUCCUGAACAGAAAAGAGUUCAUAUAGGAGAGAAACCCUACAACUGUGAAGUAUGUGGCAAGGCCUUCAAAUAUCCAUCAAGACUUUUAAAACAUAGGAUAAUUCAUACAAGAGAAAAACCAUACAAGUGUAAAAUGUGUGGAACUGCCUUCUGCUCUCCAUCUUCACUUUGGCAACACAAGAGAAUUCAUACCGGAGAGUUACCCUGCAAGUGUGAUGUAUGUGGCAAGGCCUUUCGCUUUCCAUCAUUACUUUCAAAACACAAAAUAAGUCAUACAGACCAAAAACCCUACAAGUGUGAAAUAUGUGGAAAUUUCCUCCGCUCUCAAUCAUCACUUCAUGAACACAAGAGAAUGCAUACAGGAGAGAAACCCUACAAGUGUGAAGUGUGUGGCAAAGCCUUCAAGUAUCCAUCAAGACUUUCCAAACAUAAGAAUAUUCAUACAGGAGAGACACCAUACAAGUGUAAAGUAUGUGGAAAGGCCUUCCGCUCUCCAUCAUCACUUCGUGUCCACAAGGGAACUCAUAGAGAAGACAGACCCUACAAGUGUGAAGUUUGUGGCAAGGCCUUCCAGUAUCCAUCAGUACUUUCUGACCAUAAGAAUAUUCAUACAGGAGAGACACCAUACAAGUGUAAAGUGUGUGGAAAGGCCUUCCGCUCUCCAUCAUCACUUCGUGUACACAAGAGAACUCAUAAAGAAGACAAACCCUACAAGUGUGAAGUAUGUAGCAAGGCCUUCCAUUACCCAUCAAUGCUUUCAGACCAUAAGAAAAUUCAUACCGUGUGAAGUAUGUGGCAGACCUUCCAUUAUCCACCAUUACUUUCUAAACACAAGAUAAUUCAUUCAGAAGAGAAUCCCUACAAGUGUGAAGUAUGUGGCAAGGUCUUUAUUAUCCAUCAAGACUUUACAAACAUAAGAAAAAUUAGAUACCAGAGAAACCCUUCAAAUAUUAAGUAUGUGGCUUGGCCAUAAUUACGUUCUAAAAAUAAGAGAAUCUAUACAGGUGAGAAAUCCUAAACUUGUGAUGUAUCAGUCAAGUCCUUUAGAACUUUCCAGAUUCUUUUUCCUCAUUUGAUAACUCAUUCUCUAGAGAAACCAUACAAAAGUGAGGAAUGUGGAAAAGUCUCCCUUACAAAGUCAUACCUAUGUCUAUAUAAAUUAACUCACAAUGUAGAGAACAUUUACAAAUGAAAAGAACAUGUCAAAAUGCUCAACAAAUUUAGGGAUCAUCAAAGAAUUCAUUCUGGAAAGAAACCAUACAAAUGUAAAAAAUACAGCAAAUACUUUUUAAGUUCCAUUGCAUGGUCUGAACACAGAAUAAUUCCUAUUGGAGAUAAACACUACACAUAUGAAGAAUGUGGCAAACACUGUUAUUUUUGGGUCUUAUGCAACAUCAAAGAAUUCAUCUAUGAGAGAAACCACACACGUGUGAAGAAUGUGCUAAUGUUUUUGGACUUUUACUAAAAACUUGGGAAAAACCUCAUAAUUCAUACUUUAGACAAGUGUGAAAAAUACUGCAAACCCUUUAAUAAGCUUUCUUAUAUUUCUGAACACAAAGUAGUUAAAACUGGAGUGAAAUGGUACAAAUGUUAAAAUGUUCAUAAAAUCUUAACACUUCUUCAGACCCUAAAAGUUUUCAAAAGCUUCAUGCUGAAUAGAAGCCCUAUAAGUUUUGAGAAUGUGGUAAAAGCUUUGGAAUCAUUCAUAAAACCAAGUCAAAAGUGGAGCUGUCAGACUGUGUGUUUGUCCUUCUAGAUUUGGGGCCGAUCCUUCCUUGCUGUCUUGUGUUUCUUCUGUUUUAGAAUUGAAACACUUGUUCUACAUCAGUAUAGAAAAGUAGUCAUUUGUUUUCAUGUUGUAGGAGCUCACAGUUAAGAGGUUGCCUUGAGUCUCACACGACACAUGGACUGCGGUCUUUCAUAGUCUUGUAAUUAUUAAAUACUUAGUGGACCUUUCAAGUUGUAGCCUAUUUUACUUAUGAGAUGAAGGGAAGGUUGGGGAAAGGGAAAGAACGUUAUGAUUUAAAGCUUUGUAGAUAGAGCUAGCAUGUUGACUCUGGGAAUAAACUGAAUUACCAACAAGAACCACACCCAUGUUAGUAUUCCCAGUACCCACAAAUCAGAAAAAAGUAAUUACCUCUGAAGGUUGUCCUCCAAACAUAAAUUUGUGUGCCCAGAAAAAAUAAACUUAAAUUAUGUUUUUGAAUUGACUUUGUGUGUUAGAUAGACAAGGAUCAAGAAGUAAUGCUUGUAUCUCAUUUGUUAGCACCAUGAGUUCUAGAAUCAUUUGAGAGGCAAGUCUCUGGUUGUUCAUUUAUAAGAAUUUAUCUUGAGUAGUUUAAUUGAUUUCAGAAGAUCUGUUGAUUUUGAUUGUAAGCAGGUUUGACUGAAAUGCUGUAUUAUACGAAAAUACCUUGGCAACAACUAUUCAUCUAUCUCCCGCUUUCUUUCUUUGGAUGGAACAUGACCAGCUGUUUAAAUUUCUGUUGUUUUAACAUUCUGACCACAUGUUGUGGUUGGAGUAACAAUUGCCCUAAGGGCUCUAGGAAAAGAUUUAUAAGUGCGGCAUCAUUGGAGUAAGUAUGUCACUGGUGGUCAUAUUUGAGGUUUUUAGAGCUCAGACCCAGUGUCUCCCUCUUCGUUACAGACUAUGAGUCAAUAUGUACAACUUUCAACUACUUCUUGAGCACCAUGUCUGUCUACAUUCCACCAUGCUUCCUAACUAUCAUCCCUCAAUAAUAAUGGACAAACCUCUGAAACUGUAAACAAGCUCCAAUUAAAUGCUUUCUUUUAUAGGA